UCUGCUAAAGUACCGGGCGGGAUUUCCGCAAUACAUUAAGUAUGGCGAAGACCUACGAUUAUUUGUUUAAACUGCUGUUAAUCGGGGAUUCCGGCGUCGGGAAGACCUGUGUGCUGUUCAGAUUCUCGGAGGAUGCCUUUAACUCGACGUUUAUUUCGACGAUAGGUAUCGAUUUCAAGAUCAGGACAAUAGAACUAGAUGGCAAGAAGAUAAAGUUACAGAUAUGGGACACGGCAGGACAGGAGCGAUUCCGAACGAUCACAACGGCGUAUUACAGAGGUGCAAUGGGUAUCAUGCUGGUUUAUGAUAUUACCAAUGAGAAAUCAUUUGACAACAUCAAAAACUGGAUCCGAAACAUAGAGGAGCAUGCAUCAGCGGAUGUAGAAAAAAUGAUUUUGGGGAACAAAUGUGACAUUAAUGAGAAGAGGCAGGUGUCAAAAGACAGAGGCGAGAAGCUGGCGUUAGAGUACAGCAUCAAGUUCAUGGAGACGAGUGCGAAGGCUAAUAUCAACGUUGAGAAUGCAUUCUUAACGCUCGCCAGAGACAUAAAAGCAAAGAUGGACACAAAAUUGGAGGGCAACAAUCCUCAGAGCAGCAACCAUGGAGUGAAAAUUACCACUGAACAGCAGAAAAAGAGCAGCUUCUUCCGCUGUGUGCUACUGUGAAGACCAAGGCCUUACUGUCCGCCGCCCAUGGGCUGGACACGACUGGACUAUGCUCUCCCUCUUAGCACUCCUCCUCCUUCCUCUUUUAUCCCAUCUCUCCUUCUCUUGUCGCGCUCUUCUUCCAGCCCUAGGGCAGUCGGAGUUCCUGGCUCCUCUUAUCUUCUUCCAUUGACAGAUUAGCGAUGCCGCUUACGACCCUUCCCUGAUGAAACCGUGGUGGGAAUGCAUUGGUUCUGCAAGUCAAGGCGAAGAGCUGGGUGCUGCAGCAUCAACGCAGUAGUUCCAGCAGUAAACGUGCACCUAAAGGAGAUCCCGUAUCUUUGUUUCAAUUGCUCGUUUUGAGCACACAACUGCCAAAAUUGAUCCAUUCCUUCAUGGCGACCUGGAAGCAGUCGUGAUCUGAUAUUGAGCCAGCUUGAGAGUUACGUGGGACUUUCUUUAUCAUUCCAUUUUAUUUUCAGCCCUCAUGCAUUCUUCGACAAUCACAUGACCUUAUUGUAAGUAGAGGGAUAUUAUAACCCACCUCUUAGAUGCUUUUUCCUUGCUUUCAUUUUUUAAAAAGCAAACAUUUCGCUGUUUUUGUCCCCAGUUUUUAUUUUUCAGACCUGUUACACAAAAGUGUUGCAUUCACAAACUUAGUGCAGUCAAGGUUUCAUAUUAAACAAAUGAAGAUCCUG